CACAUUCUUGUAAAGAUGGCGACGGUGAGGCACAGAGGAGUGAAAACUGGACGCUUUACCGUUAUUAAACACCGCUGGUCCAGACACCGUAAGAAUUGACACGGCAGCGGGAGAGAAAGUGAAUCGACCCAUUUGUCAGCAGCAGCAAGCUGUUUAGUGCUGCGUGCUGUCGCUGCGGGCCUGGUUGCUUCUGUUUUCGGUUAGGCUGUCGUUGCCUUGGAUAGCUAUUUAGCUUCAAGUUGGAAAGCGAAUGCUAACAGAGGGCUAGCUAGCUGUGUAGCUUCAUCGGCUGCUGGAAGCUCUCUGUACGGCAUUCAUGGAUUUAUAACCUGACCAGGGGCGAACGCUGGACUGCAUGUGCAUUUUUUUUAAGUUUUCAUUUUUUACGGAAACAGCGCCCAUGACUCGCUUGGAUUAAACACUUUAGGGGGAAUACGGGGCACCGACGAUCUGGCAUUGCGACACUGUUUGGAGUGUCGAGGCGGAGUGAGUUUGCCGUCAUGUAUUUUCUAACCGGCUGGCCCCGGAGGCUGCUUUGUCCGCUGAGGAGUGAAGAGGAGCCCUUCCACAUCCAGCCCAGCUCCCAGAGGUUUUACUUUGCCGUCUUGUCGGAGACACAGCUCAGCAUUUGGUUUAGUCGGCCCAGUGUUUUGAUAGUCAGCUAUAUCGAGUCUGCAAAGGCGGCUGCCCAGUUUGGCUUCUACCAGAAGGCAGAAUGGAAACCAGACGACUCCAUGAUAGCUGUGGCGACUGCCAAAGGCUACAUUCUCCUGUUUGAUGUGCUGGGUGGAGGGGAUGACAAGUCCCUCUAUGAGCCUGUCUAUCCAAAAGGAAGUCCUCGUGUGAAGGUGACCCCGGGUUAUAAGGAGGAGCAAUGUGCCCCCGCACUCUCUUUAGAGAUGAAGAAGCCUGUGGAUCUUGAGGCCCCCAUCACCAGUCUGCAGUCCCUCCAGGAGGACUUAUUGGUGUGCACUGCAGACGGCUACCUCCAUGUGCUGCACUGGGACGGGUUAGGCAGCAACGGACGCAAGGCCAUCUGCCUCACUACAAUCCCCUUCUCGCUAGACCUGCAGUCUGCUCGAGGUGGUCCCUCUCUGGACCUGGAGGGAGUGUAUAUCCGUUGUAUGGAGUAUUGUGUGACCCUGGACGGCUUCGCUGUGGUUCUGAGUGACGGACGCUUGGGCUUUAUCACACCGCUCAGUAACACCAUCACCGCAGAUCAGCUGCAGGGCGUCUGGGCAGCAGAUGUGACUGAUGGCACCUGUGUGGCUGUCAACAACAAGUACAGACUGAUGGCCUUUGGCUGUGCCAGCGGCUCAGUGCUGGUGUACAUGAUAGACACCACGACAGGAUCCAUGCAGCUCUCCCACAAACUGGAGCUCACCCCAAAACACUACCCAGACAUCUAUAACAAGACGGGUCCAGUCAAGCUGAUCUGCUGGUCACCUGACUACAGUGUUGCCAUGGUUACAUGGGAGUGUGGUGGCCUAUCGCUGUGGAGUGUCUUCGGAGCCCACCUCAUCUGCACUCUGGGAGAGGAUUUUGCGUAUCGCUCUGAUGGUACCAAGAAGGACCCUAUUAAAAUUAGCUCUAUGUGCUGGGGAGCAGAGGGCUACCACCUAUGGGUGCUCCCGAACAAACCGGAGAGAGGAAGGCAGGAGGAACAGCAGCAAGAGGAGGAGGAGAUGGUCACACCUCCCCACCCCUCCCUGCAGGCCGGCAUACUGCAGUUCCACUUCAUUAAGAGUGCCCUCACAGUCAACCCCUGCACGAGUAACCAGGAGCAGGUGUUGCUCCAUGGUGAAGACCGCCUCUACCUGACCUGUGGUGACCCCUCGCAGGUCCACAGCACCGCUGACACACAUCCGCACACACACUUACACCCACACGAUGGCAGCCCGCUGCACCAUCCCCCCAACCCCGACUCUUCUCUCUCUCAGGGACUAAGCACUUUAUUGGGACACAAGCACUGGCAUGUGGUCCAGAUUCACAGCACAUACCUAGAGAGCAACUGGCCUAUACGGUUUGCAGCCAUAGACACAGCAGGCCAGUGCAUGGCUGUUGCAGGGAGGCGGGGCUUUGCACACUACUCCUUAUUCACAAGGAAAUGGAAGCUGUUUGGAAACAUCACUCAGGAGCAGAACAUGACCGUGACGGGAGGUCUGGCUUGGUGGAAGGACUUUGUGGUGGUGGCCUGUUACAAUUUUAUAGACCAGCAAGAGCAGUUGAGGCUCUAUCAACGCUCCUCCAACCUGGACAACGCUUUUGCAUCCGUGACUAAGCUGCAAUCAGACACUCUGUUGCUCAAUGUCUUCAGAGACAUGAUCAUCCUGUUCAGAGCUGACUGCUCCAUCUGCCUCUAUAGCAUAGAGAGGAGGAACGACAGUCCACACCCGACAGCCAGCGUAGAGUUGUUGCAGGAGGUGUCAAUGUCUCGCUACAUCCCUCACCCUGCCCUCGUGGUUUCUGUCACACUCACCUCUGUGCGCACAGAGACUGGCAUCACAUUGAAAGCCCCGCAGCAGGCCUGCAUGGCAGAGAGCAUCAUGUUGAAUCUGGCUGGCCAGUUGAUCAUGCUGCAGAGGGACCGUUCAGGACCACAGGUACGAGAGAAGGAGACGCCUGCCAACAACAAGAAGCUGCUACCAUUUUGUCCUCCGGUGGUGCUGGCCCAGUGUGUGGAGAAUGUGUGGACCACCUGUCGCUCCAACAGGAAGAAGCGCCACCUGCUGGAGGCCCUGUGGUUGUCCUGCGGUGAGGCGGGCAUGAAAGUCUGGCUGCCGCUGUUUCCCCGAGACCAUCGCAAGCCCCACUCCUUUCUCUCCAGGCGCAUCAUGCUGCCCUUCCACAUCAACAUCUACCCGCUGGCUGUGCUUUUCGAGGAUGCCCUGGUACUGGGGGCAACCAAUGAGACUGUGCUCUACGAUGGGCUGCAGGGAUCCUCUGAGCCUCUGGAGACGCUGUUCCCCUACUGCACCGUAGAGAGGACCUCCCAGAUCUACCUCCAUCACAUCCUGAGGCAGCUGCUGGUCCGCAAUCUUGGUGAACAGGCUUUGAUGCUGGCUCAGUCGUGUGCCUCCCUCCCCUACUUCCCGCAUGUCAUGGAGCUGAUGGUGCACGUCGUACUGGAAGAAGAGGCCACGUCACGGGAGCCCAUCCCCGACCCUCUGCUGCCCACCGUGGCCAAGUUCAUCACCGAGUUCCCCCUCUUCCUCCAGACCAUCGUCCACUGUGCCAGGAAGACGGAGUACGCCCUGUGGAACUACCUGUUUGCCGCUGUGGGAAACCCCAAAGAUCUGUUUGAGGAGUGUCUCAUGGCUCAGGACCUGGACACCGCAGCCUCCUAUCUGAUUAUACUGCAGAACAUGGAGGUCCCAGCGGUGAGCAGACAACACGCCACUCUACUCUUUAACACAGCGCUUGAGCAGGGCAAAUGGGACCUCUGCCGGCACAUGAUCCGAUUCCUCAAAGCUAUUGGCUCUGGGGAGAUGGAGACUCCGCCCCCAACACCCACCACUCAGGAACCCAGCUCAACUGGCGGUUUUGAGUUCUUCAGAAACCGAAGUAUCAGUUUGUCGCAGUCGGCAGAUGCCAUCACUACGGGCAAGUUCAACCUGCAGAAGACCUUCAGUAUGCCCUCUGGACCAUCAUCUAAAGGUCGGGAUGCGGAGUGCGCAGAGAACAUGUAUAUUGACAUGAUGCUCUGGCGCCACGCCCGCCACCUCCUAGAGCAGGUACGCCUCCGCGACCUGGGUUGCUUCUCUGCACAGCUGGGCUUCGAACUCAUCGGCUGGUUGUGUCGCGAACGAAACCGCGUGGCCCGCGUUGAGGAUUUUGUUUCUGCGCUGAAGAGACUCCAUAAGGAUUUUCUCUGGCCCUUCCCUGUUAUUCCUGUGGGCAGCGUCAGCUCGCCUCUGAAGAACGGACGGUGUCGCCCGGUGCUGAGCACGCGACUGUUGAAGUCGCAGUCAGCUGACAGCCUGUUGAACAGCGACAUGGACACGGCGCCCCCUCAGGCAGCUCCCAGCAACCUCACGUGGCUGGACGGGCUCGGCCAGAGGGCCAAAGACAUGGACACGGCGUCGUCUGCUCACUCCAACCAACACUCGCCGCAGACACAUGAUGCGUUCCUGUCCCUGCUCACCAACAAAGUGGAAGAGUACAGUGUCGGCUCGGCCACAGACCUGACAGAGACCAGCUCGGUGGUGGAUGGGGAUUGGACGAUGGUUGAUGAGAACUCCUCUACUCUGAGCCUGAGCCAGGCCGAGUUGGAGCACAUCUCCAUGGAGCUGGCCAACAAAGGCCCACACAAGUCCCAGGUGCAGCUCAGGUAUCUCCUUCAUGUGUUCAUGGAGGCGGGCUGUCUGGAGUGGUGUGUAGUGAUUGGUUUGAUCCUGCGGGACGCCAACGUCAUAAAGCAGGUGAUUGGCUUCCUGGACAGCCCCGAGGUUCCCCAAGAAACUGUGCAGAGUGUCCGCAACGGCUUAUUGGCUGUCGACACAUGGGUCUCCACUGACUGCCUGGGUUACAAACCAUUUCUCCACCUGAUCCAGCCGCAGCUGCAGGAGCUGAUGGAUUCAGCAGCUGAGCAGGUGCAGCCUGAGUCCUUCCAGCCCACCGGCCAGAGCUCCAAGCUCAGCGGCUCCGAAGGGCUGGGAGGUGCUGCGCUUCCGCGGCCGGAGGACAGUAGAGGAGUAGCGGCUCCGCUUGGCCUGGCCCUGCCCUCCCUCGAACCUGCGGGAGGUUUUCCCCGCCCACCCUCUGAGGACUGCCCUCCUGAACAGACAGAGGAGCAGGGAGAGGAGGAGGGAGCCUACGACUGCACCUUGUCCUGAAGCCAGGAGUGUGUGUGAGUGUGCGCGUGUGUGUGUGUGUGCGCGUGUGUGUGUGCGUGUGUGUGUGCGUGCACAGAGAGUACCUCUCCUGCAGGUUCUCCACUUCAGUCAGUAUUAUCCACUCAUCAGAUUUGCCCUGUGUCAACGAGAACCCCUGUGGAUACGGAGAGACAGACAGCCUGACUGGCACAAAGACACACACAACCACAGACGGGGUUCAGUCGGAUGGUUCCUUUUCUAAAAGGCCUCAUUUUACCAAAAUGUGCGGUUAGACAAAAGGCAACCUAUGUCCGUUUGUGUGUUUAUACAUCAGGUUGUGGUGUUUGGAAGCUGUAGACCAGCACAGGAAAGCACCAGGCUUCUUUUUUUUUUUUUUUUUUUAUUAUUCCAAGACAGAUUGUUUGUUUUGUGUGCGUAACUUUUGUUUGGCACUCAUUCAAGUGCAACUGGAGACUUUUGAAAUGUUUUUCUUUGUUUUUGUUCACUGUCCAGACAAAAAGCUCCAUUGUUGUCCUUUGGUUUAAGAAUCAGUUCAAAGACAAAAAAAACAAACCUGAGUUUUUUUUUUUGCAUCAGCAUCAUGCUACAUUGCUAAGCAAAAUGUAGAACAAAGCUCGAGUCAAGAACCGAUUACACGAUGCACUGAGGUGUGUCUGAGCCGACAGUACAGUGUGCCGUUCUGUUUGUGUGCACAAGAGGGGUUUCAUACUUUCAUACCUCAUAUGAUUUAAAAAUAUUUUGUGAUACCUUUUUCAAUAAUGUGAGUGUACAAGAUAGCAUUAUUUUUCUAUCGAUUACACCUUGUCCCUCUUGAGUCUCCCUGACUCGAUGGUAUGAAUUCUAUGUAAUUCUUGAGAAGUGACGACCUUAAGAUUUCUAAGAAAAUGAUCCCUGAGAAGAAUCCACUGUUGUGAGUGCAGACUAGUUUCUUACCACUGAUCAGUACUGUUCAUGUUUUUGUUCUUCACGCACCAUGAAUUUGCUGAAGUCCAGGCCCAAAGUGUCUGAGCCUGAGUCCGCUGUCUGAUCCUCUUCAUGUGGUCCAGAUUUUAGACAACAAGCAGAUCAGCGUUGAGCCUUCCCGAGGUGAGCGGAUUUAAGGCUGCAGUGCAGUGAAGGCGCUUUAAAAACCAAAUCAUAUGAUGCUUUAUCCAGCUUUUAAACCCACAUUUGGGUUUCAGUCUCCCUCUGGGAUAUUCAAAAAUGUGUUUCCUAUCAUCAGCGAAACAGACUGUUAAUAUUGUGUUAUUAAAGCCAUCCUACUCUGUAGAUUCUGUACCUAUCCCUUGUUGAAAGAGCAUCAUUUGAUUCCCUCAUCAGUAGUGUUAACGGUGACACGUCAGUAUCACUUUCAAAGUGAGGAUAAGAUUGAUUUUUGUCGUUGUGUAAUGAAUGAGUUGUUGUGUAAUUUGCCCCUCAUCAUCAUCAUAAGGACUUAUAUUUCAUCCAGUCCAUUAUGCAUAUUGCAUCCCAGAACCGCUUGAGACGAUGAUUGCCGGUUCGUGUGUGCUCCUGCGUGGAUUUCUGAACGCGUGUACCACGUCGUAUUGAGAGCGUGUUGACAUGUUUGGUGACUUUCAUCACAUGCUAAUUGAUUUUAUCAUUUUAGUCCUCAUUAUUAUUAUUACUAUUUAUUGGCAUUAUAGCGGAGUGGUAAUUACUAGAUUGAUGCUUGGUUGGUUUUUAUGACCGAUGACAAACUUCUCCCCCUUUUAGUUAAAGUCAUGUAUUGGCUUUCUACCGCAAGCACUAAAAGGUUCAAAACGGAUACGUCAGUAUUAUAUUGUGCAAUGUAUUGAAAUGUUACUCAGCUUUAUUUUUUAUGUUCACUACUUAUUUUCCCCAGCUGUUUGCUUUUACUUUUCAUGAUAGACCAAAUCAUAUUUUAAAGACACAAUUUUGCUCUCUUGACGGUGUAUACAAGAUGAGUCGAGUGUGGUAACUAUUGAAAUUUUUAUUUUAUUUUAUUUUUUUUUGUGAAUGGCCUGCAUUGUUAGAACACUCACUAUUUACGAAAGGGCAAAAUGAUGUACAGUCGUCACUCAACAUAAAUCCCAUUGCACCGUCUCCACUCUGAACAAGCCUACAGCCACACUACGCUGCUCCGCUGUAAGCUUUACAAGACGAACCAAAGACUUCAUGUCCAGAGGCCUUCUGUUUUAACCGGUUGCUUUGAUUGAGCGCUUGACUUGUUAUGACGUCACACACACCCUUACCCCGUCCCUGUCAUCAGAAACAUAAACAUUGAUGCUCAAAACUAAUGCUGCCGGCAUAUGAGACAAUUUCCUACGGAAAUGAAUAUCGCAGAUCUUUUCUGGUUUCCUUCUCUGCGGGCAAGGAGCGGUCGGUCAGUUGCGUCUCGUGGUACUCGGUCCUCCCUCCUUCCCUCCCUCCCUCCCAUGUACAGUUUAAAAGUUUUGCCUGUUUCCUGACUCAGCUAAGUUUUAUGUCUGGGGCGGCAGCAGCAAACAUCCUCAAUGCAGUGUAAAGAUACUCUUGUACAUUUGGCUUUUCUACUCAUGUUUGGUUUUCUACUUCAUCUUUUUUUUUUUUCCCCCCCUUGUACAUAAAGACCAAUAAAUUAUUUUUAAAAAU